ACAGACAGUCAGUUUCAUGCAGAUGUUACAGAACCUGCUCCCUGUCCAGAUGCAUUGGCAACUUUUGGCUGUACUCUCCCUGUUUUGUCAGAUGCUCAUAUUGACGUUAGCUGUAAGGAAAAGAAGAGAGAGCUGGCGUCAGGACUGCAGGAGCUGUCUGCUGUGCUCCAGAGAGAAUGGCUGUCUGCGCUGCUCAGAGCGGCUCUUCCUCUACCUGCGCAGAGACGGCAUCCUUCACCAUGGAUCCUGUCUGCACUCCUGUCCCGCCGGACACUUUGGCCUCCGAGGAAAAGAGCUCAACCGAUGCAUGAAAUGUAAAGCUCCAGAGUGCGAGAGGUGCUUUAACAAAGACUUCUGCACCAAGUGUAAGAUCGGCUUUCUGCUGUUCAAGGGCAAAUGCUUCAAGAGCUGUCCAGAGGGCACAUUUGCUCAGUCCACAGACUGUGUGGAAGGCUGUGUGUUCAGUGUUUUUGGUUUCUGGAGUGAAUGGAGCUCAUGUCAGCACAACGGCCUGAGCUGUGGAGUCAGAUGGGGCUUUCAGAGCAGGACCAGAGAGCUGUCCAGAAACACGCCUGAGGAGAAGGAAACCCUAUGUCCGCCUCAGACAGAGAGCAGAAAGUGCCAGAUGAAGAGACGGUGUCGCAAAGGUAAAAGAAAAAAUGAAAAGAAACAGGAGAGAAGAAAUGCACAGAAAAAGCUGAAGCUCUUCGGGAACCGAACCAUAACAAAUCCUCCUUGGGGAAUGUAAAUUUCAGCAUUUUUAUUCCUCAAUAAUAUAUGUAAACAUUUUUAAAACAUAUUUUUGUAUUGAUAUUUUAAUUGUAAUUUAGCUUUUUUUAUAAUCAGGAUCUGUCAUGAAGCAAGUGAUUGCACAUCUUUUAUUAAUGCAGGUGUAUAAAGUAUUGUAUCAAGUUCUGUUUACAUGACUGUGGCACAUCAUAACCUGUAUUUGCUCUAUGUUUUUUUUUUAUUGUAUUGACAAAUUGGGAGCAUUUUACCCAACUCUGCAGCAAAUCUUUCACCCUCCUUGGUACAGUGUGGUUUAACAAAGACAAGAUCCAUGUUGGAUUUUGUCACUGUACAUUUCCAUCUGAUGAAUAACAGACGGGCAGCUUCAUGUGGUUUGGUUUGUAUCUCUGCUGCUUUCUGUACUCUACAUGCCUCAAGCUUUUCUGUUUUCCAACAACAUACUACCCUUGUUUUUGCACUUCUUCACUGCAAUCGUAUUGAAGCAAAAACAAGAACAAUGUAAUAAUCUUGACCUUCCACUCCACUUAUUCAGUCUCAUCUUCAUUCAGUUAUCUGAAUCUGAAAAAAAAUAUUACAUUACAUUUUAAUGUCAUGUAAAGUGGUUGCAAACUAUUUAU